CAACGAUCGAUCCAUUGUAACUUGUUGUAUCCAGUCUUGCUACAAUGAGGUCCGAACUUGAGCAACUUGAUCUUCAGCCAACAUUUGCGCAGCUCCAGCAACAAUUGACUGCGUUCAACCACAACAUGACAGCCUGUAUUGUCAAUGCCUCCCUCCGGAACGAUACCGAUGAGCUAGCACCACUAGUCAACCCACAAACAAAUGCACCAGUUAUGAAUUUCCCUGUCAACUCUGCGGCACUCAGUGGCCUUUCUUGGCCACAAAAGAGAGCAAUUGGUAUCAGCCUUGCCAUGAACGACCCUGGUGUAAACCCGAACGCAGCUGCGAAAUCGACUUUCUUUACACAACUACGUGUCAAAAUAGGCCUGCGACCACGUCCAGCAUAAUCACACACGAAGGCAUAAUAACAACAGUGCACUUUUGUUUCGCAAGGCUGCAUGAUGAACCGUUGCUAGCGAGCGCGUAAAUGUAUACGUUAGGGAUACACAAUGGUGCUGUACUACAAGGAAGGGCAGAUUAACUGGCG